ACUACUCCCCGUACUGCAUAAAUACGAAUCGUUCACCGGCAUACUGAUUGAACACUACCAUAUUCCAAAUCUCAGCCGGAAAGUAGGUGUCGCUGCGAUUGAAUCAGAUCACCGGAAAAAAUGGCGGAUGAAGUGAAGUUGUAUGCUGUUGGAGGAAGUCCAUUCGUUUGCAGAGUCAAAAUUGCUUUGAAUCUCAAGGGAAUCGAGUACGAAAACUUCGAAGAAAAUCUUAGCAACAAGAGUGCCGAUCUUCUAAAGUACAAUCCUGUUCAUAAGAAGGUACCGGUGCUGGUGCACAACGGRAAGUCGAUCUCGGAGUCUCUUGUGGUCAUUGAGUACAUCGAUGAUGUUUGGAAAGGUGUUCCGAUUUUGCCACAGGAUCCUUAUGAGAAGGCUGUUGCUCGAUUUUGGGCGAAAUUCAUUGAUGAUAAGUGUGUUCCAGCAAUAUUCAAGGUUUUUGGCAGCAAUGGAGACGAGCAGGCCAUUGCAGAAGCUUGUGGGCACCUUCAAAUCCUCGAAAACGAACUCGCCGUCAAAGGUAACAAGUUCUUCGGAGGCGACAGUAUUAACCUCGUAGAUAUUGCCGCUGAUUUCAUAGCGUAUUGGGUUGGAGUAAUGGAAGAAGCAACUGAAAUAAAGUUUUUCACGAAUGAUAAGUUUCCAAAAUUAACCGAAUGGGCCGAUAACUUCGUCGAAUGCCAAGUCGUUAAGGAAAUAUUACCUCCAAGACAAAACCUGGUUGCGUUUUUCAGGAAAAUGUUCGGUAAAGCGUAAUGAUACGUAACGGUUAUUAGCCGUUAAUUUUAGCUUAUAAGAUCCCUUGAUGUUGCAAUAAUAAGCGGUCUUUUGUGCUUAUCGAAGUKCAAACCUCCGUAUYGUCCGUCCRUCGAUGUUGUAACGAGCAGCCGUUUGUGCUUGUGUUCUAAUAUUUGAAUAUGUUUACGUGUUAUUGAUUUAUC